AUCCUUCUCUCUCCAUUCAGUGCAGUCAUGGUUUAGAUAACUACGUUACACCAGAGCAGUGGCGAUCAGCAAGAGCCAGUUGUGUGACUCAGAUUGCCAACUCACCAUCAGGCCUGUCAUCUUCUGCAGAUACACAAGACCUUCCUGUCUGCGCAAGAUGGGAACAUAAGGAAACUGGGGAAGUUGUUGAUAAGUUGGCGGGACUGAAGAGGACGGAACCCUCUCGACCACCAUCUGCCCCUCCUCCUCUGCCUUUUCCACUGAGAAUGCUUAGUCCAACAACAAUCAUUGGUAAAUCUCGGUCUACCCAUGAGGCUCCUCAGCCUGUGUCACUGGAGAAUGGUCUCCAAAGCAACAGCACUGUUAACUAUGUUAACAUCUCCAUUACCCCCCUAUCAGCUAAACCUCACAGAGAGUCCCUUUACACAGAACUGGACCUGCAGGGGACUGGCUCAGUGCCAGUCUUGAGUGCUGUCAGACGUAAAUUUUUGCAGCUCUGAAGACCAAGUACGAACACCGAUCAUUAAAGGCCAUUAAGAUGUAUAUUUGUCUCUUGCUGCAGCAGCCAUUUUAUGGGAAUGUCCAAUCCAAUGUCUCUGACACCCAUGGGCCUACUGCUACAUUGUCAAACACAGUGCUGUUGUGAAGGGAUAGUUCCUUUUUUGUGUAAGUGUAUGAAGUUAUAUCCCUUUCAUAAAACAGGGUAUAACUGAACAACCAUGUUGAGUUGAGGCAUUUACCAUUUUCCAGUUUGUGUACAGAUUCUUGCUUAGUAUCCCAAUAGCUUCUGCCUAAUGUACAUAUUUUAUAUUUCAGGAUGUAUAUGGAUUUUUUUCAAUUCAAUUUAUAUUAUGUGCUUCAAUUAAGUACACAAUGACAGGGCAAAGGUGUUUAUUCAUGUACAUUUGAAUUCAGUUCAGCUCAAAAGCUAAUUAGUGGGGUACAGCCAGAAGUUUAUUGAUUGAAAACAAAAUGUAAAAAGAGUGGCAUAAAGCAAUUUUACUCAUGAAUCAACAUAAUCAUGUAUGAGCAAGAAACAGCAAUUUUAAUCAUUUUAUCAUCAAAUGAGAUUGGUUAACUCAAUCGAGGGUCAGUGGAACACAAGCCUCUCUUAGACUGGUUUGUUUUUCUACCGGUGAAAACAUGAAGUUCAGAAAAACAUGGAACUAAGAAAAAUAAGUGCAUAUUCUCUGUUUCCCCUUUACAAUUUCCUUACAAGAAGUAUGCCCACCUACAUAUUAUUGCCAUGACAAAAGUUCAGAGUGUCCUGACAGAGCAUAUAUCUAGGACAGGAAGAACAGACUGACUCAGCCGGUGACCAGGCAGGUAGAGCCACCAAAGUGAUUCUGACACACCAUCCAUUCUACAAAUAAGAAGAAUGAAAAUGAUAUGUCUCAGGGGUCUCAUAUAUGCAGCAGGCAUUUUGGAUGUGUUUUGUGUUCAGUUACUGUGUUUUCAUUUCAUAUGGGCUUAUGUUCUAUUUGGUACUCUCCUGCCUUUGUUUUGAUGGCUUUUAUUCAGUAAGUGUUACAUUUUUAACAUGAAGAGAUUUUCAGAGCACAUGGAACAUGUAUUCCUGAGGAGCCAGUGGACAUUAGUGUUAAUAUUCUAAUCAAGGAAAGUCCUUCCUUAAUAACCCACAAUGUGACGAAGGGGUGAAAUGUCAAAAUGAUGGGAUGGCAAACUGUAUUUGAUUUAUUUAUUUAAAAAUAGGGACAGAAACAUCACCCUUAUGAUUAGCAAGGCUCUUAAAACUUUUUGAAAGCAAGUUGUGGUCAAAAUUCAGCAUUUGGCCAAAUGUGUGUUGAUGACUGAGUUCCUGCAUGCCAUAUUAUAUCAAUAAAAUGUAUUUAUAACACUUA